AUGGUAGGAGGCACCAUUUUUUCUGUGAAUCGUGUUGUUAUAUCCGACCUGCUUAAUGUGCCUCUUGGUGAUGAUAGAUAUCCCCCUCCUGAGUUUGGUAGACUUCCUCUAGAAGUGUUUUCAAACAGGUUGUUUGAUAAAGACCUCUGGAAAAAUGAUGUUAGGGUAGCCUCAAGAGCUCCUAGGACUCCAGCUGCUGAAGAACUGACUCGCCUUCGAGAGGAACUUGCUGAACUACGGGAAGAAAAUGUGGUUCUUAGAGAGCAAGUAGAAUUUGCUGGAAAUGUUGUUCCAGAGUUGCUGGAGAAAUUCUAUGAGAUUGAAAGAGAUCAUUAUGGAUGGAGCUGUAUGAGCAAAGGUGGGAGUCGUGGGACUGAACUUCUCACAGUUCCUAGGAUUCAUGGCUAUGAUUUUUGUUUGGAACGAAGUACAGUGAAGGAAGAGGAAUGGAAAGUGUUUAUGGAUGUACUUCAUAAACCAUUGCCGUCUGCUUUCAGAAUCGCUAUUCAAAUUCAGGUGACUGAUGGUGAUGAAGGGAUACCUGUCAGACCAUUACCUUGGUAUCCGAAUAAUAUGGCUUGGCAUUCGAUUUUUUCAAGAAUGCAGCUACACAAGAAUCAAACUCUUGAGAGCUACAUAACACGGCAAGAGGCUGACAGCAUGGUACCCUCACUAUUCCUGGGUGUACGCCCUGAACAUUUCGUACUUGAUAUGUGUGCAGCUCCCGACUCGAAAGCGUUCCAGAUACUUGAGAUAAUGCAUCAAUCCUCUGACUCAGGUACGCUAUCGACUGGACUGGUCAUCGCUAAUGAUUUGGGCAGGUGUAACCUUCUCAUCCACCAGACCGAAAUAAUGUGUUGUGCCAACCUUAUAGUUAUCAACCAUGAGGCCCAGCACUUUCCAAGCUGCAAUUUAAGCAAAAAAUGGCUUAUAGUUAUCAACUUUUGUUCGAUGGAGUCUUAUGUGACGAUCCAUGAAGCAGAGCCACUCUUUGCAAGGCUCCUGACAUUCGGAGGAAGUGGUUGCUACUUACUCGCAUCUGGUAUUUUCGCUUUUACCUUAAGUCUUGUUACCUUGUUUUUUUUCUUCUUGAGAUGCGUUUCCAUUUUUAUCCAGGAGUGGAGGUAUGAACUGCAUCUCCUUCAAGUGCAGAUCGCUAUGUGUGGUAUGGUUCUUUUAAACAACAUUAGGGAACUGAAAUUUGUCAGCUUCUUUAUAUCUAUGAUUAAGAGCUGGAAGGUUGAACUCAAUUGCUCCCUGGGAAUUAAGAGCUGGAAGGUCCGUGAUAAGGGUGUGUCUAAGGACCAUAGAACUGCCAUUGUGCCAAGCAUGUUUCCUUCUGGUCAAAGCUUUGAUGCCGAAACAGUGGUUCCUUCAGGUUUAGAUGAAAACGUGGUUUCUCCUGGCAAUGACAAUGAGAUGGUGAAUGUGACCAAAUGUGGAUGAUUCUGAUCAUGUUACCGAGCAGUCCGAGAUCCGGUGAGUCCCACUGAUGCUUUGGAGAUGGAGGUUUCAGAUCUCCCUCUAGAACGUUGCUUGAAGAUAGUGCCCCAUGAUCUGAACACCAGAGCGUUUUUCAUUGCCGUUGGUGCCUAUGCCUUUUUUAUUAGAUGGGAUUGGUCCCUAAUAUUUAAUUUAAGCUCAUGGCUUACGGAAACUUACACUUUCGUAUCUGACUUGCUUGAGUGUUGCUUAAUAUUGUGUUUAUUCCACAUAACGAAAUGAAGUCUGAGGAACUCCUGUAAAGAGACUUGUUAAAACUGGAAACCAAAGAUAAGUAUAUCGAGGAUUAUUCUGUGCCGAGGCGGAAAUCGACAGAAGGAUGACGUAUGGUGGCCUUUGUUGAGGGAGAGCCUGGGUUCCAAGACGUAGCUUGUGCUAUAAGAACAUAGAGUUGUAUUCGAGAAACAUCCAACGCUAGUGGAUUUCAAUGGAAGAAAAGAUGUUAGAAAUACACGGAAGAAAGGAGAUUAUGAAGAAAUACCAACCAAAGCCGCCUAUGAUGCCAUGGUCUCCUAUAGACGGGUCUUGACUUGCGCAAUGGAUCAUUAUGGAGAAACUCCCACUUAUUUUACCUUCUUCCGACCCGUAAUGGAAUAUAUCAUAAUCGGCCGAAAAUCAAUCAAAAUGCGGCAAAAUCCUAUAA